CGAAGUUCGGACCACUAUUUUGUAUUUCUUUCUCAUGAAAGGGCGACUUAAGUUUUUUUGAUAGUAAAAGAAGGGCUUUAUAUUAAAAUAAAAUAGAGAAUGGGCAUCCUCUAUCAUCGAAUCACUGAAUCGGUCCCCUCGUACAAAGUACAAACAUCCUAAUCGGUUAACGUGUACUAUGAGUUCUAAUUUCGUAAUCAAUUUCAAGUCGAAUAGAUUCAAUACAUAGAUACUCCAUAGUCUAUUCCAUUUGUUUACAAUUUCCUCACUGUCCAGAUUUCACACGAUUUCCCCAAAAGUCCAACGAAGCUUCCAUCGCUCCUACGGUAGAAGCCCUGGAAUCAUAAAGCAUGGAAGCGACGGCUUCUCUUCGUUCUUCGGGUGCCAUCUGCUGCGGAUCCGACAAGGCUGGUUUCUUUUCAGCCCAUACGACGCCAGAAUUUGUUAGAUUUGGAUUCAGAUCCCCUUUGUCUUCACCUUGCAUGAAGUUGUACCCCUUUGAUUCUCAUCUGAAGUCUGGAAACCAGAGAGUGGCAUAUAAGAGUGGAAGAUACAAUUCAAUUAGAGCAUCAUUACCACCUUCCAGAUCUGGAGAUUCAACUGUCCCUAUUGCUCCACUUCAAUUUGAAUCUCCAGUUGGACAAUUUCUCUCUCAGGUUAUCAUAAAUCAUCCACAUCUAGUCCCUGCUGCAGUGGAUCAUCAACUUCAACAGCUUAUGAUUGCUCAGGAUGCACGCAAGGAUGAACCAUCAGUGUCGGGAACUGAACUAGUUUUGUACAGGAGAAUUGCAGAGGUCAAGGCAAAGGAGAGGAGGAAAGCACUUGAAGAGAUACUGUAUGCAAUGGUGGUGCAGAAAUUCAUGGAUGGUGGUGUACCAUUGAUUCCGGCCAUAAAUUUGCAAUCAUCACCAGAUUCUUCCCCUGCUCGGGUUGUUGAUGUGUGGUCUAUCAAAAAUGAGCAGCUUUUACACCUUCAUUCGCCCGAUGCUUAUGAGAUGAUUCAAUACCAUCUAGCUCUCAUCCUUGGGGACAAAUUGGGUGAUAAUAAUGCCUCUGCAAUUCAAAUAAAUAAAUUUAGAGUCGGUCAGGUUUACGCCGCAUCUGUUAUGUAUGGCUACUUCCUGAAGAGGGUUGUCCAGAGAUUUCAGUUGGAAAAGACUGUGAAGAUCCUUCCCCAGAGAGGCGUAGGCAGAAGAGAGGCUAGUGGCAAUCUGCAAGCUCCAGAGGAAGAAGUGCUCAGAUCUGGUAAUGAUGAAAACAAUGAUGAUAAUGAUGAUGUUUCAUUUAGCUCAACAGAAUCAUCAUCUCAUCCUGAAGUCAAUAAAGCAUUCUUUUCAUCUGGAUUUAAUGCCUCGAGGUUGAAAUCCUAUGUGAUGUCACUUGAUGGGGAGAUUCUUCAGGCAUACGCAAGCAUUAGGUCCAAAGAAGCCAUACAAAUAAUUGAGAAACACACUGAAGCACUGUUUGGUAGACCUGAAGUUGCUAUUACGCGUCAGGGAACCAUAGAUUUUUCUAAAGAAGAAAUGGUCAUGAUUAGGUUCAGUGGUCUGAAGAGGCUUAUUUUGGAGGCACUGACUUUUGGGUCUUUCCUUUGGGAUGUCGAGAGCUAUGUUGAUUUAAGGUAUCAUUUUGUUACCCACCACUGAUAUAGAUUGAUCAUAUUUAGGUCACAUUACAUGACAGUGAUUACUGUUUUUAUUUGCCUGCAUGCUUUUAUUGCAUAGGUGAACUGCAACUUUAUUUCUGGGAACGCCUAUUAGAUCUCGUGUCCUAUUUGUGCAUAAGUUUAUUGCGUGUUUUGACAGAGUAAUAACCAGAGAGUAAUAACCAGAUACUGUGUUUCGUGGCCUUUGAUUGUCAUCAAUGCAAAAUUACAUGGAUGAACGAUGAGCAUGAAUAUGCUUAAAUCGAUGUAACCUUGUCUGCUUUUGAGCUCCG